AUGGCUGUGGAGCGCUCCAGGGGCAGGCCUUGGGCCGAGGCUAUUUGCACCAUCUGCGGAAAGUAUUUCACGGAUCCCGUGUCUCUGGAGUGUGGGCACGACUUCUGCCGAAGCUGCAUUACCCGGUGCUGGGAAGAAUUGCAUGCGGACAUCGUCUGCCCCAGAAUGUGUUUGUAUUUCAUCGAAGGGAGAAAUUUUGAGCCAAAUAGGGAGUUGGCUGACUUUGUGGAAGCCACAAAGCAGCUAGUCGAGCGAGUGAGAGAAGAGGCAAAAGGAUGGGCAAAUUGUGCAGAACACCGGAAGCCCCUAAAUCUCUUCUGUGAGGACAACCAAACUGCUAUCUGUGCGCUUUGUAAGAAAUCGGAGGCACACAGAAAUCACUGUGUGGUUGGUGUGGAUUUUCCGCAACAAAUUUCCGCUUACAUGAAAGUUCCAAACGAAAUGCGAAACAACUUUACAAUCUAUUUGAUCAACUCUGAGAAAAUAACCGAAGAGUGGCUGAAACGGAUGGAAGCAGAGAGAAAGAAGACAAUGGCCAAGUUCAAGCACCUGCGUCAGUUUCUGAAUGAACAAGAGAAUCUUCGCCUGGCCAAACUGGUAGAGUUGGAGAAAGAGAUCAUGAGAAAGAUGGAAGAGUAUGACGGGAAAGUUUCUGAUCAGAAGAAUUUCCUGCUUGACGUCUACGAACGGAUGUGGGACUUAAACACCGAUAGGGAAUUCCUGCAGGACUUUGGAGGUGGCUUGUGCAGUUAUGAGAAGCAGCUGGAAAAUCCUCUGCCUCUCCCCAUUGAUGUGAAAGACAAAGUGCAGAAAUUUUGUGACCGAAAGCUUUUCCUGGAGGAAGUUCAGAAGGAAUUCAAUGAUGAAAUGGCUGCUCUUUUGAAAGGAAGGAGGAAGAGAAGAAGAACGGAAGUAGUGGAAGAAAGAGGCAACAGAGUAAAUGUGAUUCUGGAUGAAAAAACGGCAACAAACGACCAGCUUAUCCUUUCAGCAGACCGGAGGACGAUGCGCUAUGUAAUGGAUUUCCGGCCGAACAAGCCGAGGAGGAUGUUUACUACAUCCUGUGUGCUGGGUAGUCAGGCAUUCACCUCAGGCAGACACUGGUGGGAGGUGAAGGUGGAGGGAAAUGGACGUUGUUGGGCCAUUGGGGUUGCCAGAGGGUCUCUGGAAGGGAACUACCCACAUAACAUCUGGGAUGCAGCGGGAAUUUGGGUUGUGGGGAAGCAAUCGGUUGACCCUAUGUCUCCUCGAAGGCUCUUAGCUUAUUCGUAUCCUAGAACCACCGUUUUGAUCUUGACCCGUAAGCCCGAGAAGAUCCGGGUGUGUCUGGACUACCCAGGGGGCCAAGUGGCAUUUUUCAAUGCGGAGACCGAUGAGUCAAUCGUUGUUUUCCGGUCCUGUUCUUUCUUGGGCGAGAAGGUUCGUCCUCUUUUCUGGCUGUUUGCUGGCAAAGUCACUAUGAGCUGUUGA